AUGAAGAGAGAACGCUUUCGUUGGGACACGGCCCUGCCCUUGCCGUAUCUAAAGUAUCAAGACUGCUACGGGAGCGGAUUUCAAUGUGCAAGAUUGGACCUCCCUAUGGACUACUGGAACGGUACAACAGAUGGUACGAUCGGGCUCGCAGUUAUACGCCGACCGGCUGCUGUGCCCGUGACCGAUUCCCGCUACGGUGGUGCUGUGAUUAUCAACCCGGGGGGGCCAGGAGGUUCGGGUGUCGAGAUGGUACUGGAAGCGGGAGAUGCUAUCCGUAGAGUACUGGAUGACGAGAAAGGCAAAUUUUUCGAAAUUCUGGGCUUUGAUCCACGUGGCGUGGGGAGUACUUUGCCAUCGAUGCACUGCCUAGAGAAUUCACUCGAGGAUGCGAAGUGGGCCGUCCGUCGUAGACACGAAGGACUUUUAGGAAGCUCGAAUGAGACACUUGGAAGGUUGUGGUCGGCAUCUACAGCUUACGGCCAAAGUUGUUCUAUCUUAUCAGAAGAUGGAAGUCCUGACAUAAGAAAGUAUAUGACUACUAUGUCGGUAGCGAGAGACAUGGUAUCCAUCAUUGAGGCCCAUGGAGAAUGGAGAGAGCAAGAGGCCGCAAGACUAUUAAGGCAAAAACGUGCUUGUCGUACCUCGAGAAACAUUGGUCAGUCCUGUACUCUCGUGCCGGAGUCAUUGAGGUACAUAAGAGGUAGAGAAAAGAUACAGUACUGGGGCUUCUCCUACGGAACAUAUCUUGGUCUGACGUACGCCGCAAUGUUUCCAGACAAGGUCCAUCGCCUGGUGAUUGAUGGAGUUAUGGAUGCCUCCGACUACCAAUCUGCGCUAUGGUACAAUAACCUCGAAGAUGCAGAGAAGGUUCUACAUCAGUUCUUCCAGGACUGUGCAAGAGCAGGGCAUCCGCCGUGCGCUCUAGCGAGCGAGACGGGAGAAACGACUGUUGCAUACGUUAAGACGAGGUUCACGAAUGUGAUGCAGAAGCUCAAGCACAGCCCUUUACCAAUAAUUCGGGCUGGUUGCCCAGAGGUCAUCACAUACAGCGAUGUUAAGAACUUCAUUUUCGGUGCGCUCUACUCGCCCCUGUCGGGUUUCCCGCUCAUGGCGAACCUUAUUUCCGACAUCGAGAAAGGCAAUGCUACGCUCUUCCACGACGACGCCGUUAACCACUUCGGUCCGGCUCAUAAUCAACCUCACAAUGCGCCACCUUCCGAUGUACCUAUGUGCAGCAAGAGCAUCUACGGCGAAGAUUCUAGACUAGGUCCCACGAUUGGAAUCGCAUGUACAGAUGGCAAAGACCAGACCUGGUUGGACCGUCCACUCUUCGAAGAGCACUUGCAAAAUGUAACGAGAAUGUCCCCCUUCGUCGGCCCUAUAUGGGCAGAAAUGCGAAUGUACUGCGCGCACUAUAGCGUACGGCCACACCAACAUUUCGCAGGGCCAUGGAAAAGCGAGACCAGCCAUCCCAUUCUGCUAAUUGGCAAUACUGCCGAUCCAGUCACACCACUUCGCGCCGCUAGGAAAAUGUCAGAAGGAUUCCACGGUGCUGUUGUCCUCACGCAAGAUUCCCCUGGACAUUGUUCCAUUGCUGCACCAAGUGAAUGUACUGUUCAGUAUGUGAAGAACUACUUCCAGGACGGAUCGAUGCCCCCGGCAAACACCAGCUGUGAGGCAGAUGCGGUGCCAUUCGAUUCCAGCCUCGGGGAUGCAAAGGAUAUAGACUUGGAUCGAGAACAGCUCAGCGAGGAUUUGAUCACAUUGCGGAAAACAAGAAUGCGGACAACAAUAUCUUAA